UGCGGCAGGGGAGGGGAGGAGGAUUCUCCCUCGCUGUGAAUGGUAGCUCCCGGUCUGCCUCGCCUCGCCGAUCGGCUGACUCUCAUUCAGACAAUCCCUUCGUUUGGGUUUAAUCGGGAGAGAAAGGUCACCCGGCCGCAAGACUGAUAACGGCAUUCCCUGCAGCUCGCCCCGUCAGAGGACACCUGAUGGACGGCGCUGUCGCCUUGCUUUCGUUUGUUCAGUGUUUUAAAAUUGAGUUUGCUUUAUCUCAGUGUUUUUAUUUAUUUUUGGAAAAAACGAAAGGUGUUGUAGAGUAAACGUGAUAUUCACCUGUGGCGAAUACGAAUAAUAAUAGAAAUAAAAAACUUGCAACCCCCGCAUCGUGCUCCUAGAGAGCAAAAGUUUCCUUCGGAAGGGGAUAAUGCUGUAAAGGGACGCUGCUCUGAACAGGGUACUGAGCAGCGCUGCACUGAGAGCCGGCGGUAACCCCCGCCACUCCCCCCCCCGGGGGUCAUGGACCUGAAGGACCGCCGGCACCGCUCCCUGACCCGGAGCCGUUGUGGGAAGGAGUUCCAGUUCACGACGUCAUCGCUGGACAGCGAGGAGUGCCGUGUGCCGACACAGAAAUCCUACAGCUCCAGCGAGACGCUGAAGGCCUACGACCAGGACUCCCGCCUGCACUACGGGGGCUGCAUGGCUGAGCUUGUGCACCGCGAAGCUGACGAGUAUUCCCGACAAGGGAACUUCCGGCUGGCUGAGUUGGGCGUCUGUGAACCGCCGCCACCGCACCAGAGCGCCUACUGCCCGGACCUGGGCCUGCUGCAGCGGGGCUACUCCCUCAGUGCUGGCUCGGACGCUGACUCCGACCCCGAGGGAGCCAUGUCCCCGGAGCGUGCCAUCCAGCUGUGGGGGGGACAAGGCAGCAAGUCCCGGCGCAGCUCGGGCCUGUCCAGCCGGGAGAACUCUGCCCUGACGCUCACCGACUCGGACAAUGAUAACAAGUCGGACGACGAGUCAGGUGGGAGCAGAGCGGAGGAAGUGAGAGAGAGAGAGACAGAGAGAUGGAAAGUGAUGGAGAGAGACAAUAUGAAGAGAGAGAGAUGGUAAAUGAGGGAGAGAGACAGUCUGAUGGAAGAGACAGACUGAGGGAGAGAAACUGUAUGAAGGAAGUUGUUAGAAGCGAGGGAGAGAUGGAACAUGAGAGAGAGAAAGAGAGAGAGUGACUAUGAAAGGAGAAAGACCAUAUGAAGGAAGAGAGACAGACUGUAUGAAGAAAGAGAUGAAAAGCGAGGGAGAGAUGGAAUGCAAGAGAGAGAGAGACAGUAUGAAGGAAGAGAGACUGAAAGUGAGGGAAAGACUAUGAAGAAAGAAAUGGAAAGUGAAGGAGAGAUGGAACAUGAGAGAGGGGAACAGUAUGAAGGAAGAGAGACU